CAAUUCAGAACAAUACUUUGCCUAGGCUAAAUUAAAGAAAAUGGCACCCAAGGGAAACGGCGGGAAAGUCGACAGAGAGGAGACACUAAAGGCAGUGGUUCUGGCGGACUCGUUUGACCAGCUCUUCCAGCCGCUGUCGCUGAACAAGCCCCGGUGCCUGCUACCGCUGUGCAAUGUGCCCAUGAUUGAGUACACACUCGAGUUCUUGUCUUCCUCAGGCGUGGACGAAGCGUACAUCGUGUGCCAAGCGUAUCCAGAUAAACUCAAGGCAUAUAUCCGGCAGUCCAAGUGGGCGCGCGGAUACUCGCCCAUGAAGGUGGUGACCAAGGUGGUGCAGGGGGCAAACUCGGUUGGUGACGCACUGCGCGAAAUUGACGGCAGCUCGGUUAUCCGGAGCGACUUUAUUCUGUGCACAGGCGUUGUUGUGUCGAACAUGGAUCUGUCGGGUCUUGUUAAUGCGCAUAUGGCAAACAAGCAGAAGGAUCGGGACCAGAUCAUGACCAUGCUGCUGCAGGAGGCAUCGCCUAGCCAUCGUCUGCACGACAAGAGCGACGAAUCAGUGUAUGUGAUGGACCCGAGCAGCAACAAGCUGCUGGCAAUCCACUCGUCGCCGACACUGCCGCGGCAGAACUUUAUGCGUAUCCAGACGGAGGUCAUCACUCAGCAUGAUGAGGUCGAGCUGCGCAUGGACCUGGUCGACACGCGUGUUGCUAUCUGUUCGCUGGAAGCUCUGGCGCUGUUCACUGAGAACUUUGACUACCAAACAAUGCGUCGUGACUUUGUGCACGGCAUCCUGACCUCGGAUCUGCUGAGCUCAACCAUAUACGCGCAUAUUCUGUCGGGCUCCAGCUGCGUGCUGUCGGAGGCUACUGCUGCCAACGCCAGCAGCGGGCCAGCUGCUUCUGGCGGCUGGUCGGACGGAAUCAUGCUUUUGGACCACAACGGGUACGCUGCCGGCAUCGCCGACACGGCAGCCUACGAUGCGAUUAGUCGCGAUCUGAUCGGGCGGUGGGCCUACCCGCUGUGCCCCGACAGCAACCCGGUCGACGGGCCGUCGUACACGUACCACCGCGGCGCAGUCUACAAGGCAUCGUCGGUGUUCCUUGGGCGCGAGAGCCGCGUUGAGCACCACGUCGUGCUGGGUCCGAACUCGUAUGUGGCAGACUUCGCUACGGUCUCGGACUCUGUGCUUGGCGUGUCGUGCCGCAUUGAUGAGGGCGCAGUGGUGCGCGGUUCAUACCUGUUUGCCGGCUCCACUAUCGGCAAGAAUUCGGUAGUCGAGCGUGCCAUGCUUGGCGAACGCGUCACUGUGCUGGACAAUGUCGUGAUUGAGCGCGGCUGUAUUAUCGGCGACGAUGUGACGAUCGGACCGAACGUGCGGAUCAAGGCGUUCACGCGCAUUGCCCGCCGCAAGCCGCUAGCCAGCGAGAGCUUCGACGACAGCGACUUUAGCGAUUCCGAGGUGGAGAUCUCGUCCGACGAAGAGGACGACGAGGACCUCGAUGAUGCCAGCGUCCGCCAGUCGGAUGCCGCACUGGCUGGUACUGUGGGGAAGCCGGCGGAUUCGGUGGCCAGUGAGGCAUACGACACGCAUAUCCUCGGCGAGCGUGGUAUCGGAUUCGUGUGGGAGGCCAAUGCUGUCGACUCUGAUGACUGGGACGAGGACGACGACGCCGAGGAGGACCCGCGCAACGCGCACCUGCAUUGGAUCGGCUCGCGGUACAGCGACACAGUUCUGACUGCAUCUGAGCUGCGCGACGCACCGCCGUCCGAGGACGAGGUGUCCGACUCGGAGUCAGAUAUCCUGGAGCUCGACAACACCGAUGCCCUGGCAUCCGAUCUGGCGGGCGUGCACCUGGGGCAGCCGAGCUCCAGCAAGUCGCGCGCCAUGCAGGAGGACUUUAGGCGCGAGCUCGAGCUCACGCUCGACCGCUCGCUGUCCGAGAACCACGCAGUGGAGGUGACAGCGCUGGAGAUGAACACGCUGCGCAUGGCGUUCGACGGGAACCUCGACGAGAUGCGGCGCAUUGUGGUUGAGAAGGUGCUGCUUCUGGCCGACUUCUCGGCGCUGGCCAGCUCGCUGAAGAAGGUGCUGCAAAAGUGGGGCGACCUGAUCAAGCGCAACAUUUACUCAAACAGCGACCAGGUCAAUGUUGUUGACAUUGUCGAGCGCCAUUGCGCGCUGUCUGAGGCUGUGCCAGAUGACAAGCGUGCCAAGCUGUUUGCGUUGUUUGUCAAGUUCCUGUACGAGCUUGAUGUCAUUGAGGAUCUGACCGUGCUGGCGUGGAACCACAAGGCAGGGAGGGCUGGGCCCGAGGCAGUCAGCGAGGAGCUGGUUCAGGUCAUCCAGCCGCUGGUCGAGUGGCUCGAGGAGUCUGACGACGAGUCCGAAGAGGACGACGACGAGGACGACGAGAGCGAGGAGGAGUAAGACAUUAUUCUUCUUUUAUGAUAGGGAACAACAGAUAGAAAAACAAAACAAAAACAGAGCUGGUU